GCUGAGGACUAUAAAGGGGACAAACAAUGUUAGGGUAGAACAAUUCUCCUUUUAUUUCUAACUUUGUUUAUGGAUACAGAAGACGAUUAUGUUCCCAUUCGAAAGCGCAGGUUUGCCAAGCAACAACGUUUGCUACAAAGGAAGUCACAGAAGAUCGAAGGCCAAAAGAAGGAAGAACCCAAGUCAUGCGCUCCUCUCUCUCUGCUGGAGAAAGCAUCACUCCUCCAGCACGAGAAGCAACAGGAAGGAAGACCUUUGCGCCCAAGUGAAGAGCUCCAAAGGCAAGAAAAGGAUAUGCUAGAUAGAUUGAACGACGAGAAGAGAAUGCUACUGCCGGUGAGCGAGAUUAGUAAGGGGAUCAAGUAUACCGAGCCCAUGCACACGGGAUGGACGCCACCUUCGCAUGUUUCCGAAAUGGGCGCAGUAGAGAUCGAGGCGAUUCGGAACAAGCUGCAUAUCCUGGUUGAAGGUGAGGACGUGCCACCGCCAAUUCGGAGCUUCAAGGACAUGGGUCUCCCGAAAUCAGUCUUGAGAAAACUUAAGGAGAAGGGUGUGAAACACCCAACACCAAUCCAGGUUCAGGGUCUUCCAGCGAUCUUGUCCGGGAGAGACAUGAUCGGGGUGGCAUUCACAGGCUCUGGGAAGACUCUUGCGUUUGUUUUGCCGCUGAUUAUGUUGGCUCUCGAGGAAGAGGAGAAGUCGAGGCUGAAAGGUGGCGAAGGGCCGGUAGGGUUGAUCCUGUGCCCCUCCCGUGAGCUUGCGAAGCAGACUUUGGACGUGAUCGAGGAGUUCGUGUCGGUGGUGAACUCGUCUCGUUGCUGCCACUUGAGGGCAAUGCUGUGUAUCGGGGGAACUGACAUGAGGUCUCAGCUGGAGGCGAUAAGGAGAGGAGUGCAUAUCGUCGUGGCGACUACAGGGCGACUUAACGACAUGCUAGAGAAGAAGAAGAUGAAUUUGGAGCGAUGCAAGUAUCUGACUCUAGACGAGGCGGACAGGCUCUGCGACUCAGGAUUCGAGGACGACAUCCGAAAGGUGAUGGAUCACCUCAAGUUUCAGCGCCAGACGCUGCUCUUCUCGGCAACCAUGCCCCGGAAGAUCCAGGAGUUUGCGAGGGGCGCUCUUGUCAAGCCCGUGGUGGUGAACGUUGCCAGGGCCGGAGCUGCAUCUCUGGAUGUUGUCCAACAAGUGGAGUACGUGAAACAGGAGGCCAAGAUGGUCUAUCUCCUCGAGUGCUUGCAGCAGACGCCACCGCCUGUGCUCAUCUUCUGCGAGAGCAAAGGCGACGUUGAUAGCAUCUACGAGUACCUGGUGCUCAAAGGCGUGGAAGUUGUGUCGAUUCACGGUGGCAAGGAUCAGGAGGAGAGGCAAGACGCAAUUACUAAGUUCAAGCAAGGACGCAAAGAUGUCCUGGUUGCAACUGAUGUUGCUUCCAAGGGACUCGACUUCCCAAGCAUCCAGCAUGUCAUCAACUAUGACAUGCCUAGCGAGAUUGAGAACUAUGUUCACCGGAUCGGAAGGACUGGGAGGUGUGGAAAGACAGGUAUCGCCACCACCUUUAUCAACAGCAAGCAGAGCGAGAGCACGCUCUUGGAUCUGAAGUAUUUGCUGCGGGAAGCGAAACAGAAAGUUCCUGCGUUCUUGGAAUCGCUCGAGGACCCCAGCACAUCCAUGGUAGAGGUUGGUGGUGUUAGAGGAUGUGUUUACUGUGGGGGACUUGGCCAUCGCAUGGGAGACUGCCCAAAGCUUGAUCAGCAAAAGAGCAGGGACAUAGCUAGAAGAAGGGACCUCGCGAGGGUGAAUCGCCAUGACCAAGCACGAUAUCGUGGCUUGAAACAUCCGGUGUUGGAGAGGGCGAAGAUGGAAGAAGAACAAUUGGUCGUGACAUGGAGCCACGCUCUCAAAAACCUGCCCUACGUCGGAAGAGGCGAGAGGGAGAGAGCUACUGUUCGCUCUUUCGAUCGUGUCUCAGCUAUCUACGCACGACCAGGGCGCACUGCGCGGCCCGAGUAUCCAGCUUUGACAUUCCGGCAUUCUUGCGCGUCAUGGAUCGAUCGCCUCCUCUCCUUCUUCUUGAUCGCUUCCUGUGAUCUUCCAGCGGCAAUGCCGGGGAUUUCUCCUGACGAGUGA